GACUACACGACCUGCUCUCUUCCAUCUCAGCGCACGGCCGAUGAUGUCAAUCGUGAAAUGUUUACUAGCAUUCGGAGCUCCGGUUCGCCGAGACGCGAGCGGUGCCUAGAAGUUGCUGGUGGAACGAAGAAAGCAGUCGCGUCCAUGAUGUUGUCAACUGUGGAAGUAGUCCAAGCCGGAAAUGAAGAUGAAGCUGCCACCGAAAUUGCUGUUCAGGAGCACGACGAACCACACGAGACGGAAACAUGGACCUGCAAUGGUGGGCAAGGUUCGCGCUCCUGCACGAACAAAGAGGAAAUCGGCAAAGACCACCAGCUCGUUGAGAAGGAGGCUAUUGUCGCAUCGCUGUUGCUUAAGACCGGCGCCGCUGAGUCCCGUCUUCGAGCGCGCCUCUUCGCCCUGCAGACGAGAAUGAUUCGCACCGCCUCCUGUUUUCGAUUGCGUUUUUGCUCCACCAGAUCCACGAAAAAACAGGGCUUUAUUUUGCGCUUGAGAAGAAAUCUGCUGCGGAUCCAGGGACACUACGAAAUAGUGCUGGCCGGAGAUGGUGCGGUUUGUGCACCGGAUGAUAGCGGCGCAAAAACACUAAGGAGUCUGGGGGCAUGUGCCUCCGUCUCGUCCGAGGAAGUCGUGUGUAAAA